AUGGAUUGGUUCAAUUUGGAUUUACAGGCGAUCCCCGUCCGCGAAGAGUCCAUCCAAAUCAUCAAUGAGCCGAGCGAAUUCUACGAGGUUUUGAUCGAUGAGACGAAACGGGCGGAGAAAAGCGUAUUUUGGAGCAGCUUAUACCUUGGAGAGGGGCAGCUCGAGAAGCUACUGGUAUCGACACUAGAUGAAGCUCUUACAAGAAACGACCGUUUGGAGAUGACGUUAUUACUCGAUUAUCUGCGAGGACGAGAGGCACAGCAAAAGAAAAGAGCAGCACAACUCAACUGGCGCCAAUCGCGGAUCGUUGCCCAGGUCUCCCUCUACCACACCCCAGAACUCAGCGGCUUCAUCAAGCGCCUCUUGCCGGAAAGGACGAACGAAAUUGUUGGCCUCCAGCACAUGAAGUUUGCUAACCUCUCCGAUAGCUACUUUACUAAUCGACAAGACCGCUAUAUUUUGUUCAAGAAUGUGCCCGAGCUGGCCAACUUUUUCUGUGAUGUUAUAGCAGAGGUUUCUAAAUCUUCUUUCGUACUGCAACCUGAUGGCUCGGCGAUACCUCACCGGGAGUGUGAGGUGCACCCGUUUUUAGGUGAUUCUGUUGAAUAUCGACGGCGCUUUCAGAAGCAGAUUGAAGGGUGUAUAGAACGGCUGAAAGUGUCGAUCCGCUCGAUGAAUCAAGGGGCCGACACCUUCCUUUAUCCGCUUCUCCAAAUGGGCCCCUUCAGCAUCCAUCAAGAAUAUGAUUUUCUGAAGAGAUUAUUUGAGACGAAGGCCAACGGAUUUUUCGGGGCGGCCGGAGCUUCGAAAUACGUGCCUAGCAUGUACUCCUGGAUCGCCAAGGAUUUUCUGAAAAUUUCUGGGCGGAAUUCGAAGCGUCAGAUCGAUCUCCGAGAAUAUAAGCGGCCCGGCUGGACAUUCCACGCGAAAGGACUAUGGAUGUGCGAUGAGGGUGUGGCGGCUACAUUGAUUGGGUCCAGCAAUUAUGGCUAUCGUUCCGUUCACCGCGAUCUGGAAGCCCAAGUACUCUUGGUCACCAAGAACGAAGCUGAAAUCGAGUCGCUUGGUAUCCUCGAUUUCUCGACGAAACUCUCGUCGGCCGGACUGAUCUACGCCCACUAUGGCCGAGCGAUUAUUGCUGAGGUGCUAAAGAUCGAUCAGGAUGACCCUCGGGUGAACAUCUUUUAUCGCCGACUCUAUGGGACGUUCGUCGAGCAGAUUGACGCCGUCGAUAACGGAAUUCAGCAGUAUGAUGGGGUGCCCAGGUAUCUCUCGUCGGAUAGCAUUUCCGCUCGGGUCGGCGGCUUGAAUCCGGUUGGAAUGAAGACGACGUUAACCCCAACGCAAGGUGCGUUCACCGAUGCUAUGAAACUGGUCGGCGGGACGUUCCUCGAGCACUUGCACUAUUUGAAUGGCGUCUGGUGGCCUGCACGGCAAAUUGUCGUCGAGUCGGUGAAGAAUCGAGAAGCGAUUGAUCCGUCUGGCCGAAUUCUGACGAUGGAGAACGGGGGGUGUGCCGUGGAAGAGCACUUUUUCGAUAUUGAGGAAACGCUGGGCCUGACCGGUUCGCGCAUGACUUACAUGCUCUUUGGCGACUCGACGUCUUCCGGCUGGCGCGUCCAGGCUAUCCCCACCGACAGGAGAGCCAACUUCCAAAACCGCGGACCCCUACCAAAGAAGUGGCGAGGCUUGAGGGACGAGGAGCUUUCCAGUGUUGUCGGUGUUGAAGGCUGCGUAUUCGUGCACAUGACGGGCUUCAUCGGCGGGCACAAAACCCGCGAG